UUCCGAGGCGCAUGCGCAGAGCAGUGAAAGCGGCGGUGGGCAGUACCUUAGCGGUUGAGCCCAACAACAGCUCGGCGGCCAAGAUGGCGGACCUGGGCAAGAAGUACUGCGUCUACUGCUUGGCCGACGUGACAAGCCUGCGCAUCCGCUGCACCGAGUGCCAGGACAUCGAGCUGUGCACCGAGUGCUUCUCAGCGGGGGCAGAGAUCGGUAAUCACCGCCGGUGGCAUGGAUACCAGCUGGUGGACGGCGGCCGCUUUACACUAUGGGGGCCCGAGGCGGAGGGAGGCUGGACGAGCAGGGAAGAGCAGCUGCUGCUCGAUGCUAUCGAACAGUUCGGCUUUGGGAAUUGGGAGGAUAUGGCUGCCCAUGUGGGCGCAUCCAGGACUCCCCAAGAGGUGAUGGAACACUACGUUAGCAUGUAUAUUCAUGGGAACCUUGGCAAAGCAUGCAUACCAGACAAUAUUCCCAACCGAGUAACUGACCACACUUGUCCUACGGGUGGUCCCCUGUCCCCCAGCCUGACUACUCCAUUACCUCCUCUAGACAUCACGGUGCCAGAGCAGCAGCAGCUGGGGUACAUGCCUCUUCGUGACGACUACGAGAUAGAGUAUGAUCAGGACGCUGAAACGCUCAUCAGCGGCCUGUCUGUCAAUUACGACGACGAUGACGUUGAAGUAGAACUUAAAGAGUCUUGUGUGGACAUGUACGUCCGGAAACUGAAAGAGCGGCAGAGAAGAAAGAACAUAGCCCGGGACUAUAACUUGGUACCUGCAUUUUUGGGAAAAGAUAAAAAGGAUAAAGAGAAGCCUGCCAAAAGGAAAAUCUCCAAAGAGGAAAAGGAACUGAGGUUAAAACUGAGGCCGCUCUAUCAGUUUAUGUCCAGUAAGGAAAUCGAGGACUUCUUUGAGAAUAUGCACAAAGAACGAAUGUUGAGGGCCAAGCUUCGAGAGCUGCAGAGGUACCGGCGAAACGGCAUCACCAAAAUGGAAGAGUCCGCAGAGUACGAAGCUGCCCGCCACAAGCGGGAAAAACGCAAGGAGAACAAAAACACUGCAGGCUCCAAAAGAGGAAGGGAAGACGGGAAAGAGGGAGAAUUUGCCGCCAUCGAAAACCUUCAAGGUUUCGAGAUGUUAUCGGAUAGAGAAAAGGUUCUCUGCAGUUCCCUCAACUUGUCCCCCACUCGAUACUUGACUGUGAAAACCAUUAUUAUUAAGGACCACCUCCAAAAAAGACAGGGAAUCCCAUCAAAGAGCCGUCUUCCCAGUUACUUAGAUAAAGUCCUAAAGAAAAGGAUUUUAAACUUCUUGACGGAAAGUGGCUGGAUAUCCCGGGACGCUUCAUGAUAGCGUGUGGGGUUUUUUUUUUCGCCCCCCCAAAAAAUGUUUUUUGUAUCAAAAAUAUCUAUAAUAUAUAUAUAAAAAAAAAACUUGUACAGAUCAGAGGCUGGAUUUUACUAUACUUGUGUAUAUAUAUUUUUUAAAAUACACAUGAUGGUUUUAUUUGUACAGUGAUCUAGUUUUCACAGUGCAUUGGAAUGAAAGCCACCGUUCUCUUCCCAGUGCUAUAGAGGGUGCUACCUAAAUUGCUAAAACUGCAGAAUUGACCCCAAGUAGGGCAGCUUUUUGUAUCGCAAGCCUUCUGUGUGGAGGACUGUGUGAUGCCAAUACAUGGAACUGUAAAGUUACUCACCAGAACCAAACUACUUUUGCCGCCACACGGUGGGACUCUCCUGGCCUUUGUCCUUGCUGCAAUGUGCGUUACAUUCAAGUUGUGAGGGCUCCUGGGCCAUGUAUGUGGGCUUUUUCUUUUUAAGCACAAUUUAUUGGUCAUUGUUGGGUAUUGCUGAGAGGUAAUCUGUUUCUGUGUACAGCUUUACUUUUAGGGUAGUGUCGCACAAAGCGUAUAUGCAGCGUACUUCAUGCUGCGCAACAUCCGUGGGAAAUAUGCUGUGUAUUCACCUAUGAAGGGCACACAGGGGGUACCCGCCUCAGCCCUGUGUGUGCGGUGAGGUUUGGAGGAGGGGCCAGUGUACUGACAUGACUGUCACGCACAGGCCCGUCUCCAAACCUCACUGUGCACACAGGGCCGCUGCGGGUAUAGCCUGGCGUGUCUGCUCAUAGAGAAUAUGAAGCAUAUUUCACACAACGUAUAUGCUAUGUGUGACCCUGCCCUUAAAGGGGUA